CAAAUCUCAAUCCCCUAAAACCUCACCCAAUGCUCUCCUCCCAGCUCCGCUAUGCCGGUAUUAUCUAGACGGGCAGAGCUAUCCCUUUUCUCUCCUGCAGCCGCUACUACCAUUCUCCCGACGAACUCCUCGUUCCAAUUGCCAAGCUGCCAGCAUUGCUGAUCCUACCUCCUUUCGCCUGCGAGCGAGCGAGCAACCACCCACGAACACCACGAUAAGCCGUGAUAUCCUGUAUUCAAACGUGACGUGACGGCAGCUCAUCGAACCAAUCCUCCUGAUGCCACACGCCACCGAGAUGCCAUCGUUUUUGUCCGACGAGACUGGGCCUACCUUAUCCGCGAGUCGGCCGCAAUACGAAAUACCUCAUCAUAACUUCCGAAAUUCCUACGAAAAGACCAAUGGAAAUAUCAAACCAUCACCACAUACAUCCAUAAAGGGCAGCGUUGGAGAAAGCUUGGAUAUGUAUGUGGAUGGCGGAAAUCACAACCACCGGACACAUGCCAAUGGCGGAGAUGCAGGCCACGACGGAAAUCUGACCCAAGUCCCUAAUGGCCGAACGAGCGCAAGCAGUUGGGAGUAUAGGACUUCACGAAACGGAAGUGUAAUGUCAGUGAAUGGAGGCACGAAUGGAAAUGCUACUUCCGACAACGGAAGGAGGAGCCCUGGACCACAGAACGGGUUGGCAAGGACAUUGAAUGGCAACGGAGACCGGAACUCUGCUGCUUCAACAAAUGGAAACUCCCACAACACCAACACCCACAGCAAUGGUGGUAUUGAAUAUAUCCACGUUGCCUUGGUGAACGGCAGCGAGAACGAAUCGCAGCAUCGAAUCUCGAUACCGCCGCCAGUCUCAACCAAUCCGGGAAGUACAGGUCCUCUAACCUAUACUUCAUCACUACUACCGGCGACCCCCAGAACCCCCGAAGCACCUCAACGUGCAUCGACAACUUCACCGCAGCGCGGUGAACGCUUCUCGUCUCCUCCCAACUAUCCCGCACCUCCCAUACCGUCAUCGUCCUCACAUUCCGCUGCACACCCGGGUCUCAAACACAGACACACUCUACAAGUUCCCAAGCCAACCCCAAGUCGGAGCUCCCGCGACGGCGAGGACGCUGUGUAUACCACUGGAAGGUUCUCACCGACUGCUGCAAGUUCAAGUGCUAGGCGCGGCUCGCUAAGCCUCAACAGAAGGAACACCCAAUCGAUACACUCUAAUAUGCCCCAUGACGAGGUCCCCCCAGACGAAGACGCUGCACGUUGGGCCGAGGCUGUGAGGCAGAAAAGGGCAAGCAAAAGGAGGCGCAAAGACGAGGAGGACGACGAUAGGGUAGUUGUCGGAACCAAGGUGGAUGAGAACCAUGUCAAUUGGGUUACGGCAUAUAAUAUGUUGACUGGAAUCCGAUUUACGGUAUCGAGAACGAAUGCGAAAUUGGAUCGACCGUUAACGGAUGCGGACUUUGAAGCUUCGCAUAAAUUUUCCUUCGAUAUGUAUGUUUGCUUGCAGACUUGCGAGGUGUCUUUGACUAACUAUCAAUAGUGCUGGGAAUGAAUUGACACCGUCUGCCAAAUACGACUUCAAAUUCAAAGACUAUGCGCCAUGGGUAUUCCGACAUUUGCGGGCAAAGUUCAAGCUGGACCCGGCCGAUUAUCUGAUGUCUCUGACCAGCAAAUAUAUUCUCUCCGAGCUUGGAUCACCAGGGAAGAGUGGGAGUUUCUUCUACUUCUCCCGCGAUUACAAGUAUAUAAUCAAGACAAUACACCACGCAGAGCACAAGUUCCUGAGAAGGAUACUGAAAGACUACUACUCGCACGUUGAGGAAAACCCCAAUACCCUACUCUCCCAAUUCUAUGGACUCCACCGCGUCAAGAUACCGUAUGGCCGAAAGAUACACUUCGUUGUCAUGAACAAUUUGUUUCCACCCCACCGGGAUAUACACCAAACUUUUGACUUGAAGGGAUCAACUAUUGGGCGUGAUUUCAAAGAAGAAGACCUGGAGAAGAAUCCUCGGGCUACGCUGAAGGAUUUGAACUGGCUGCGCCGGGAGAAGCAUCUCGAAUUUGGACCAGAAAAGAGACAGCUAUUUUUUGAGCAAAUGGAGCGAGAUGUGCACCUUCUCCAAAGGCUGAAAAUCAUGGAUUACAGUAUGCUCGUCGGUGUGCAUGAUCUUCAGAAAGGCAACCAAGAAAACCUCCGCGACAAGACUCUGCAGGUGUUUCAACCAGGUGGAGACGCAGCAGCAGAAGAGACUGGCCCAGAUGGCAGGGGGCCUUUGAUGCGAACCCCGAGCAAACUGGAGAAUGCCCGCAAAGCCAGGGAGCUCAGGCAGAUUUUGAAGCAGGAGAAGCCUAUACCCAUGGGCCAAAGCAACUCGAAAAUGCCCGAUACUUUGGAGGAAAAUACCACCAAAAAAGAUUUUAUUUUCUACAGUGAUGAUGGAGGUUUCCAGGCCACUCAUGAGGACAAUAGCCCCGGGGAGGAGAUAUUUUUCCUUUCAAUUAUUGAUUGCCUUACUCACUAUGGAACUGUCAAGAAAUUAGAGCAUUUCUGGAGUAUGUAUUUCUCGGCUCUUGUGUUGUUCCAUUAUGCUAACAAAUCUCACAGAGGGUCUCAGUCAGGACAAAAAGCAGAUAUCGCCUAUUUCUCCUGAGCCGUACGGCCAACGUUUCAUUGACUUUAUUGAAGGCAUUACUAAGAGUCCGGAAGAAGCUGCAAGAGCAGCUCAAGCGGCUGCCCGACAAGGGAUACCGCAUACGAACUCCAAUACUUUCUCUGCCCGUGACCAAAAUACUAGUUCUCAAGAUUCAGGUCGACGAAGAUCUAACAGUAUACCUAUGCAUCGAUCGAAUACGCCAAACGCUACUCUACAGAGGAACGAAAGCGAGGCUAUGAAUUCGGAACGGCGAGACGACGAAGGCCAUCGCCCAGAUCCAAGAACGCUCAGUGUCGUUCGAAGUCCUAGUACCGACCGUGUUGGAGGGCAUCAAGGACAGACAUUGCCAGUAGUAGAAGAGCUCGGUGAAGCAAGCAGCACAGGCGGUCGAAGUGGUCAUAGUCGGGAUGAGAAUGCUGAUGGGGAUAGACGACCUCUUACUCCAGCCAAGGAUGAUGCUCGGCCAUUGACACCCUCGAGUUACAAUGGAAUGAGCAAUGGAACCAGGCGUCCUUUGAGCAGAAGUAGCUUGGAUAAAGAGCUACCUCCUCUGCCACAAGUGACAAGCCCUGUGCAGAAAAACGGGGAAGGGUCCUUCUUUUCUUUCCGCUAAGAAGGUUGGUACAUAGGUGGGAGGUGUUUGUAUUGAAGAGAGAGUGUGUGGAUGGUCUGAAGUUGGAAGUUUGUUGUGUUGGAAAGUUGGUCGCGCAGAGAGAGGGGGGAGAGAGAGAGAGGAAGGUCAGCAGCAUUCA